UUUGCAAAGCGAGGCUGAGAGGGAGCGAGCGUGCAGGGGGCAACGACGCUAUGGAGCCCGGCCCAGGCUACGGGGCAAGAAGUGGGCCGCCUUUGAUGCCGCCCUUCGCGGGGGUCUAGUGGGGAGAGCAAGUGCCAUGCUAGAGCCCCGCGAAGGGUCUGGGCCCCCGCAGCAGGUGUCCCUCCAGGAGGGCUUCCGCGAUCCCGAGCGGCGCCAGCGCUGGGCCAGCCUCUUCGAGCAGCUAGACACCAACAAGGAUGGGCGAGUGGACAUCAACGAGCUUCGCGAGGGCCUGGCGCGGAUGGGCAUGGAGGCCGGCCCCCAAGCCGAGCAGGAUAUCUUACGGGAGGGUGACACAGAUCAGGAUGGAGAACUCAACUUUGAGGAAUUUGCUCAAUACCUUCAGGAGCGGGAACGGAAGUUGUUGCUGAUGUUUCACAGCCUGGAUCGCAAUAAUGAUGGCGAGAUCGAUGUCUCUGAGAUCCAGCAAACUUUCCACUGCUUGGGAGUUUACAUCUCUAUCCAGCAAGCGGAGAAAAUCUUACACAGCAUCGACAAAGAUGGCACUAUGACCAUUGACUGGAAUGAGUGGCGAGACCACUUCAUCCUCAAUCCAUUAGAGAACAUGGAAGAGAUAGUGCACUAUUGGAAGCACUCAAUGGUCCUUGACAUUGGGGAGUGCCUCACUGUUCCUGAUGAAUUUUCUGAGAAAGAGAAGAAAACUGGGAUGUGGUGGAAACAACUCAUAGCUGGAGCUAUGGCUGGUGCAGUCUCUAGGACUGGAACUGCACCGUUGGAUCGAUUGAAAGUUUUCAUGCAGGUCCAUGCAUCAAAGAACAACAGCAUGAAUGUGCUUGGUGGACUGAAAGGCUUGAUUCACGAGGGAGGCAUGUGCUCAUUGUGGCGGGGCAAUGGUGUCAACGUUCUCAAGAUUGCACCCGAAUCUGCCAUCAAGUUUAUGGCUUAUGAGCAGAUAAAGCGAGCAAUUCGUGGGCAACAGGAAACUUUGAGGGUACAGGAGAGAUUUGUUGCUGGCUCACUGGCUGGGGCCACAGCACAGACCAUAAUCUACCCCAUGGAGGUCAUGAAGACACGAUUGGCCCUCGGCAAGACAGGCCAGUACUCAGGUGUGGCAGACUGUGCCAGGAAGAUCCUACAGAAGGAAGGAAUCCCUGCUUUUUACAAGGGCUACCUACCAAAUAUGUUGGGCAUUAUCCCCUAUGCUGGUAUCGACCUGGCAGUUUAUGAGACACUGAAGAACACCUGGUUACAGAAGUACAGCAAGAACACCGCUGACCCAGGAGUUUUGGUUCUUUUGGCCUGUGGCACCGUGUCCAGCACCUGUGGCCAAAUUGCCAGCUAUCCCCUAGCCCUGGUGCGAACCCGGAUGCAGGCACAAGCGUCAAUUGAAGGUGCACCACAGCUAACCAUGUUGGGUCUCUUUAGAAACAUCCUUUCCCGAGAAGGGGUUCUGGGCCUCUACCGUGGCAUCGCCCCCAAUUUCAUGAAGGUUAUUCCUGCUGUAAGCAUCAGCUAUGUCGUGUAUGAGAACAUGAAGCAGGCUCUGGGGGUAACAUCUAGAUGAAGGAGGACCCUGUGUCGCCAAAGAGCAGGUGACCUAGCUCACGAGAAAGGUGUUGGAAGGGGCAGCAAAGGUGGAGAUAUCCUACUGUAAUUGCUGUGAAAUGGAGAGCUAAGAGGGUGUUUGGAAUGAUUGGGUCCAGGCCACCUUGGCAAAAGUACAAAGUUCUCCAUGAACAAGAGCCAACUUGCUCACUAACAACCAAGCUUAUCCUGUGAAGGCCUUGGUCGGGGGGGAAAAAGUGACCUCUUGGAGGCAGACUAUUUUUUUCUUGCCCACAUUCUGGAAUUUGCAGAGAUGGUCUCUUCAAACAGACAUGUUUCUGAGCCACCUGCUGCUCCUGCAUAUGCAUCUUGUCCCCAACAACUGAACAUAAGAACCAUGACACGUUAACAGCCAUGUCAUAACCUAGUGGAAAAGGAGCUAAGUUGACAAUGAUUGCUCUGGACGUGUUACCAGAUUUCAAGCAACUGCUGGUAAAAUGGGUUGACUUUUGAUAAAUAGCCCUAUUAACUCCUGUUAGCAGUUUCCAAUACUGGAGGAAAUAACAGUAUAUUGAGAGACAAGUCAUUGAUGGCAUUAGAAUAUCUGUGAUUAUUCCCUGGAGUCCACCGAUUUCUCCUACAGACAUUCAGAAACAGGAGUAUCUGAAUGUUGAGGACUUUGGCCAAUAGAUUCCACUCUUCAUUUAGCAUUUCUAUUUGCAAUGAUGAAUUCCUUUUGACUCUUCCCUCUUCCAUUCCUCCUCCUAGAACUUAUAGGGGUGCUGGAGCCCCUGGUAUUUGCAUUUUAGCCCAGAUCCACUUUACUUGUACUAUGGAAACUCUGUAUAUUUUGCACAUUAACUGUUUUUAACUUAUAAGGCUAGAUUGCUGUCUCUACCUGGACCUCUGUGGCUGAACUGAAGCCUCUCCCAUUUUAUCCCUGUUCCCUUUCCUUCUAUUCUGAAGGAGCAGAGAAUGUUGGAAUACAUUACAAGGGCUACUAUUUUGUGGUAACCAUCAAAGCACUUUUCUGAGAUCCCCUAAUAUGGUGUGUACAUAUUUCUACUCAUUCUGAGAUGUUUGCACUAGCUAUAGUAGCUUAGUUGUUGUCAUAAUUAAGGUCCUUGAAGCCAUGCAUUCAGGAUUUCUUUGGGCUCAUUGUAUUGCUCUCCUCUUUUAUUUAUGACCAGCUGAAUUACCUUGCAGUUGGGCAUUCAUUUUUCCUUUUUGUUGGAAAGUUGGAAAAGGCAGGAUGGAGGCUAUAGAUCUAUUCAGCCCCCAGAUUCUCUUCUCACAAAAUUCCCCUUUACCAGUGUCUCAAUAAAUGUUCCACUUCAUCUUCCCAUUCAAAAUGGGUAACCUAGUACCCAUCUAGAAGAAUCCUACUGGAGAAGGCUAUGGAGUCCCGCAUUCUGUCACACGCAACAUAGUUGGCAAAACUAAGUAAGCAAGAGCAACAUGGAUUUCAGGAAUAUAUCUUUCAUGUUGUUCGGGUGUGGAUACAAAAUCCUGAAAGCUGUUAGGGUUGAGUCUCUUUAAAUUUAUUUUCCCUCGCAUCUGAACAUGGUGCCUCUUCUCAGAUGAACCAGAUCCUUGUCCCUUGCUUCUAUGCAAUCUCUCAUACCAGCCAGUUGCAUUUGAGAGGAUCACAGCCAUGAAUGGGAGGGUAACAAGACAUAUUCCAUUGUCGCUUUUUAAGAGCUGCUAUUGUCUUUUCCAAUCUGAUGUCCUCCAGAAGUGUUAAUUACAGUUCCCCUUAUUACCAGCAAAAUACGUUGAAGAAAGCUGUAAUGGUGGAUACAAUAAUAUAACUAUGACUUUUGGAAUUUGAGUCAUAUCCUUGAAAAACGAUCAUAUGAAUGUCUGCCAUGAUUGUAGCUAUACUAGAAGUAGGUUAUUGCAAGGGGGGGGUGGAGACACCGCAAGAAAUGAAUGUUCAAAAAUGGGAGAGGUUUGUUUUCGUCAGACUAGAGUGCUACUUCAGUUUUAGUUACCUGCAAGAAGUAAUCAGGUAGGGAAUUGGCACUUCCAUUUGAGAAAAGUACCUCAUUCAGUAGAUAGAAAGAACCUCUUGCAAGUAAGGCAGGGUUUUUUGUUCCUCUUGGAAACUCUUACAAGACGCUCCUUCAAAUGAAGUACCAAGGACAGUGGAUUUUGAAUUUUGCUCCACUAUAGAGUUUUCAGUGGUAUUUUUGCUACAGUCCACCUUACCUAUAAGAGAGUGGGUUUUGAUCAUGUAUAUGAGCUUGCAGUUCUGUAAGCUCUACCUCGCUUGGUUAUUAAAUGUCUGAGAAAACAGGAUAGCAAUAGCACUUUACAGCACUCUCUUAAGUGGUUUAUAAUGUCAGCAUAUUGCCCCCAACAAUCUUGAGUCCUCAUUUUACCAACCUAAGAAGGGUGGAAGGCUGAGUCAACCUCAAGGCUGUGGGCAGAGUUUAGCCUGCAAUACUGCAUUCUAACAACUGUAUCACCAGGCUGAGGAUGACACAAGAAUUUUCCAGGGAGAAAGAAAGGUGAAGAAUGAUUCCUACCAGAAUGAAGAAUAGAGAAAGAUGCAAUCGGAUUGUGUCCUUUCUAAGAUCCUUCCAUCUGGGAAAUGUUCACAUUUUCAUUGGAAAUAUUGUACAUUUAUGAGUUUAUUAAAAUAAGGGUAGGAUUUUACACCCAUUUAUUUAGCAUUAAUAUCAUGAACUAAAUAGAACUUGCUUCUGAGUGGGUGUGUCCAAAAUUGUAUUUGCUUUGGGGUUAUUGAUUUGGUAGGUAGGAUAGGCAAGAGUUGGCAUGUCCCAAUAUUAUUUUGGGGUAUUUCGACUAGUAGCUCUGGCCACUCCAUCCAUUUUACAGGAAAGAUUCAGUAAGGACAAGGGGCAGGAUUGUCAAGUUACAAUUUGAAAAUGCCUUUUGUAUCUUUAUUUUGUCACCAAUGGCUAUUUUUGCUACCCAUCCAUCCGUAUUUGUUCCCUUCUUGAUGCCUGCAGGGAAGAAGGUUCUUUUUUGUCUUGUAGAGAAUUUGAAAGAAGAUUAUAUAGAAAGAAUGAAUCUGCCAUUGUCUCAUCUCCCCAUCCUCUUCAGCUUCAUGUAUAUUCAAAAGAAAGAAGAAUCUGGUUUGCACGAGAUACUUAUUUGUGACAUGUUCCAAGAUGUGGGCAUUGACACACCUGGAGAAUCCAGGAAUGGAAGCAACAGGCUUGUUAAGGUGUCCUAAAUGCUUUCCUGCCAGUAGUUGUACCCAACAUGUAGUAGCAGCAACCAACUUGCAUGGCUUUAAACAAUUGAUGAUCUCUCCAUGACAUCUCAUUUAGUUGUCAGAAUUUUCAGGAUCAGAAAUAUAAUUCCUUUAUAAACACUGUUUGCUGGGUGAACAAAAUGGGAAAGAGAUACUGGUCAUAUCUUAUUUAAGGAUUUUUCAGAGGGAUUUGUUGGUCACUGAGGAAAGAAGGGUCUUUAAUUAAAGGGUUUCAAUUGAUCCAGGAGGUUAUCUUAA